UCAGGCAGCCCUGGAAAAAGUGAAUACGGCAAAAUUUAGUAUAUUACCGCACGCGACCGACUGGCAACACCGGCUGGAAAAUAAAAAUGGCUACCACUGAAUGCAAAUGGCGGUUGUUAUUGUAAUUGUUCGUGGAAUUUCAAAGUUUUUUGUACAAAAUAAACAGGAAAAACACAUCGCCCCAGCGACAGCAAUAGGCUGAAAAUCAACCGCGAACCUUCCGCCACAACCGAGUGCGUCCACCGAGUGUUUCAGCGCCCGCGAACCGUGUGAAAUUAUGCCCCGAAUUGGCUGCCCAAAUGCGAGAAAAAUUUUCGAGCGCCUGUGAAAAGCAAUAUUAUUGGGCUGCUGUGCGUGAAAUGGAGAACAGUGAGGGCGCAAUAAGUGCGAGAGCCCUAUUAAUUAGCCCCUGAACAAUGUACAGCCAGCGGGGAAGCGCGAUUUGUGGCAACAAGAGCGCCUGAAAAGUGACGCAGGAAAAUCCGUAUCCGAAUAAGCAAAGCAGCAGCAGCGGAGCCCUGCCCGCGCCCCGCACGUUGUCACUGUGUGUGUGUGGUGUGUGCCCGUGUGUGCAAGAGUGUUAGUGAGGCUACUACUAAAAAAAAAAGUAAAGGAAAAAGAAAAAAGUGGCAGCGGUGGAAAAUGCCCAAAAACAAAGUCGCAGAGGUUAAAAACUAGCGAGUGAGCCCAGGUGCACAUACAAAUACAUGUACGGUGGAUCCCAUAUCGUCGGAUCGGAUCGAAAACAAUUCCAUUCCCGAAAAAUACAAAUAAUCUCGUGUGUAAUGCAAACAUGCAAUUGUUUAAACGCAAAGGACGCCACCUGAAUCAUCUGCCACCGAUUUCCCCGAGCGGCGGGGACAUAAAAGCUAAAUGCGAGAAUUGAGCAGCGUUCUACCAAUUAAAUCUACGACGCGUGCGAUUGUCGUGUGAUGAUAUGCCACUUAAACAGCAGCUUGAACCGUCACUGGUGCGGAUAUUGGUGUCGCUCCCCUGGGAUGCAGCGCAACGGCUGCGCCAACUGGCCGCCGAGGGCAAUCCCGAGCUGCGCGCCCUCAACAUUCAGUCCGUGCAGUUCGAGGGCGAUUCUGUGAUAACUUUGAAAGUUGGAGGACAAGAUAUUAAGAUAACCAAGGAUAAUGUAAACGAGACACUUGAGGCGGCUGGCUCGUCUUCCGGCAACAAGGGUAGUCUGGUGGCUCUGACCUCGGGUUUCGAUGGCCCCAGCACCAGCAAGGCGGCCUCCGCCUACAUGCAACAACAGCAGCAGCAGCGGAUUGUGCAACUGCCGCAGAAUGUUUCCAACGAUGCAAUCUCACUCCAGCAAAGGAGAGCGGCUCUGCAAAAGAUGCCUCCGCAACAACAGCAGCAGCUCCAGCUUCAGCAGCAGCAGCAGGUUCCGGGAGCUCAGCAAACGCCGCCGGUGUUCAAAUCCCCCAACACGGUGUGCCCGAGAGGGAAGGUGCCGUUGCUGCUGCCCUCGCCUUCUGGAACGGCGGGUGUGCCGCGAGACUUUCCCUUUGAGAGCAUGCGGCAGGCGCGAGUUCUGCAAGGUCGGGAGGCGGGCGGCCUGGGUCCGCCACCGCCGCCCAACGUGACGCUAAAGGUGCUGAAGAAUUCGCCGCAGACGUCACAGAAUGGCGAACUUACACCGACAACGCCAACGACGACGACGUCGGCGACGGCGCCAGGCAGCAAAUCUCAAUUCAUCCAGCCACCACCGCCGCCAUAUCCGGGAUUGGGAGUUGCCACGGGGGCCGCUGCGAAUACCGCAGCUGCCAGCGGCAGUUCAUCCAUUGCCAUAGCGGGUGCAAGUGCCAAGCCUGCGAUUGUGCCCGUCUCCAGCCCCCUGCCCCAUCCUCAUCCGCAUCAACAUCAACUCGCGCAUACGCAGCAACCCCAUCCGCAUCAGCCGCACCCGCUGCCCACGGCCACGUCGACGGGCAGCAAUAACAUUGCCAUAUCGUCGCCGCUGCUGGUGAAUCUACUGCAGAACGACGGCAAUGCCAUGUCGAAUCCGAACCAGCUCAAGUCUCCGCAGCAGCAACAGCAGCAGUCGCCGCUGAUCGGUAUGAGUCCGAGUGGAGCGCAGAUGAUGAACUCCCCGAUGCGUUCCUCCGGUCCGGCGACGCCCAGUGAUUUCCUCAUGGGCGAUGUGCUGAGUCCAGUGGUGCCUUCCUCCCCAACAACGCCUCAGGCGGCGGCGGCUCCUCCUUGCCCGCCGCCGGUAGUGAUGCGGAGUAUGCAGCAGCAACAGCAGCAGGCUAUGCUCAGUCCCAGCGGCAAUGGCAAUCAUUUGUAUACUCAGCAGCAGCAACCGCAGCAGCAGCAGGCUCCUCCCCCGCAUCGCUUUCAGCAGCAGCAAAUGUCUCCGCAGGCCGUGGCCUUGCGUCAGCAACAAUUGCAACGACAGCAGCAGCAACAACAACAGCAGCAGCUGCGAUUCAUGUCACCGCAGCAGCAACAGCAGCAGCAGCAAUUUCAGCCUGCGCCUGAUUGCUUCAAUAACAUGGGCAUGAGUCCCUUGCAACAGCAGCAGCAACAGCUGCAGCAACAGCUGAGACAGCAACAACAGCAACUGCGGCCUGGCGGACUGCCUUUGGCGCCACCGCCACCUCAUCCGCAGCAGCAGCGCAUGAUGAGCCUGCAAAUGCCACAGGCCUCACCGCAGCAGCAGCAACAGUUUAUGAGCGGAGCAUCACCCCUGGGACCCGCACUUUCGCCCGCCUCCAGUCACCAUUCGAUGCACAGUCCGCUGAUGGCACAGCAACAGCAAACGCAAAUGAUGUCGCCUGCCCCUGCGCCGGGAUCAUCCGCACCCAGCGAGCUUACCGCUCACCAUGUACCUGCAGCGCCGCCGCCGGACUACAACCAGGCGGCAGCCAACUCGCGCUGGCCACUCGCCGGUAUCAAUAAGCCUAUGGAUUCGGCCACCAAAAGCAGUUUCCAGGAGUUCACGCGCUACCAGAUGCAGUACAAUCUUCAGCAGCAGCAGCAGCAAGUCAACCUGCCGGGUCAACAACAACAGCAGCAGCAGCCACAGGCGCAGCAACAACUGCCGCCUCCGCCGCAGCCGACGCAGCAGCAGCAACUGCCAAUGCAGGGACAACAACAGCAACAGACUACGGGCCAGGCUCAGGGUCUGGAUUCUCUGAUAUCGCUGUCCGUGCUGGAUGCCCUCACUACCAACGACCUGGACGCCCUGUUGCCUACUCUCAACUGUGAUCUGGACUCGACGCUCAGUCUUGAAGAUAAAAACGAGCUCGAAUCGCUCCUGCAGGGCAAGGACCUGGACCUGGAUCUGAUCGAGGACAAUCUAUCGGCGGUGGGCAUGGAUGUGGGUGACGCACUCAGCACGCUGCAGGAAGCGCCAAUGGAACAACAGCAGCAGCAGCAAACGGUGAUGCAGACACAACAAAUGCUGCAAAUGCCUUUCCAACAGCAACAACAGCAGCAGCAACAACAGAUGCAGCAGCAAAUGAUAAUGCAACAGCAACAGCAGCAGAGACAGCAACUGCAAAUUCCUGCUCAGUUGCAGCAGCGCCAAAACCAGCAGCAAAUGCAGAGGCAGAUGCAACUACAACAGCAGCAGCAGCAACAACAACAACAGCUACAGAUGGUGCAACGCCAACAGCAGCAGCAGUUGCAAGUGCAACACCAGCAAAGGCCGCCCCAAAAGCAAUUCAUUAUAAAUCCACACACCGGCGACAUGGAGCCCAUGGCUAGCGAUGACAGUGACACCGAGGCCGAACAGGAAACAGCACAGAUGCCAUUCCGCACCAGCGGCGGCAUGUCCAGCAGUGGCCUGGGCAACUUUAACUUUAAUCCGGCCAACGACAUGUCCCUGCCCAACAAUCUCUUCUCCGAGGAGGACUCGAAUUCGGCGCAGCAGCUGCCGAUGGGCAUUAGCAGCGACCAGGAGAGGUCACGGGACUCCUUGGCCUCCAAUAAAUCAGCAGCGUCGAGCAGGGCCAGAAAGACGCCUGUCUCGAAGGCAAACCACGCCAACUUGCUUGCCGGAGAGAAUUCGCCACGUUCUAGCAACAGUUCUCCGCUGAUUGGCUUAAACUCGCCCCAAUCGAUGACCAGCGGCAAUGCAGGAGCUGCCGGAGGAGCAGCAAAUAAGAAGGCCAAGCCAAAUCUUCUUCGGGAGAAGCUACAACAAGGGGUCAAGGAGCGUAAGGCCAAGGAUCCUGCGACGCCGAAGCCGAAGCGAGAGCGUGCGAAGGGUAAUGCCAAGACGAAGGCGGCCGAGGAAAAGAUCAAGCUGCGACUGAAGCUGGACAAGGUGGACACGGUGCCGGCAGCGGGGGCGGGAUACGAAGGGCAGAUUAUAGUGAAUCAGCAGCAGCAGCAGUCACCCAUGGUUGCAAACAACCACAUGCAACAAUUGCCACUGCAGACACAACUUCUCACGUUGCCCACGCAGCAGCAGCAGCCACUGACACAACAAGCUCAGAUUCAGCAGCAGGUGCAGCAACCAACUCAGAUUCAGCAACAGCAGCAACAACAGCAGCAACAGCAGUCUGUUCAGCAGACACAACAACAUCAUUCGGUCUAUACGAACUUCCAACAACAGCAGCAAGCACAGCCUGUUCCUGGUCUCAACGAGCCGCGUGUGCCGCUACAGAUCCGAUUGCGUGGCAAGAACCAUGUUGUCGUCAAGAACACGCGGAAGGAUCGAAAGAAGAGUGGACAGAACCAGGAGGCAGCCAUCGGGGAUGACCGUCAGUUGAAACGCAGCUACAGUGAUCAGCCGCCGCAGCAACUGCUUCUGGGCGGUGAUAACAAGCAAGCCAAGCUAACGCCGCCGCCGCAUGUCAACGGAUUGCCUAUUCUGAUACAGAAGACGACGGCAACAGUGGCACCGCAAGCGAUGACGGGAGCAGCUACCACCACCAAGACCACCACAAUUGUGGCGGGCAAAAACGGACUGACGAUCAGUGCGAUUGUGGAGGCGGCGCACAAGGCGCAGGCUCAGGCCCAGGCCCAGGCCCAACAAUCUCUCACUGAUCCUCAGCUAAUUGUAGGCUCCACGAAUACGGGGACCACGCCCACAACCACCACUCUGCAGCAGCAGCAGCUGAGCAAGAUAGCCACCUCGUUGCCAAGCAGCAUAACCCUGAGUGCCAUCAACAGCAACAACAAUAACAAUAAUGCCAACAGUGGCAACAACAACAAUCGGCUGCUAACGAUGAAGAAUCCGAUCAAGACUGCGGCCACCAUCACACCCAUUGUGGGUGGCAAGCCGAUGACAAAAAACCAUAAGCCGCCGCCAUACAUCACAGCCGUGCAACAGCUGCAGCUGCAGAAGCAACAGCAGCAGCAACAGCAACAACAACAGCAGCAGCAGCAACAGCAGCAGCAACAACAGCAGCAGCAACAGCAGCGACAACUGGCGGCGGCCGUAACCAUGUUGCCCAGUGCGACGACCCUGAAGCGUGUGGAGAUCACCAAGAUCACGCCACAGGUCACAGCUGAGCAGGCUCCGAGCAUAGUCCCAUCAGCAGCAGUGGCAACGGCAACACUAGCUCCGACGUCGACCGGCACCACGCAAACGACUCAGCUGAUCUGUGAUAGAAAGUUGCCAGUGGCCAUGCCGCCCAUGACCACAGUCAACAGUGCCGUGGUGGUUGUCGCCUCCUCCGCAUCUGCGUCCGUCUCUGCUACUGCCUCUCUUUCAACCUCCUCUACAUCCUCGUCAAUCAGUACCACCUCUACAUCAUCGCCAGCCGCUUUGCCCAACACCCUGAGGAACUCACCGGCCAGCAAUGGAAGCGGGACACCCGGUCACGGCAAUAACGGAGGUGGCGAAGAUAGCGGCAUCGAGUCGAUGGAUGCUCUGUCCGAGAAGAGUCCCCAUCAGCUGUCCUCCAGCAGUCCCAUUCAGGUGAGCAAGGCGGGAACCUUGGUGCAGCAGCAGCAGCAGCCGCAGUCACAGUCGAGCACAACUACGACAGCUAUGACUGUGACAACGUCAGUGAUUGCGCCCAGCUCGACGCCAGCUUCGGGUGCCUCUGCUGCAGUUGGAACUCCUGCGACCAUUGGAGGAGUGGUAUCUCUGCAACAGCAACAGAAACAACAGGCAGACGAUGAGAUUGAGAAGGCACUGGCCAAGAUGGAGGGUGAUUUUCCCGAGGAUCUCGAGGACAUUGUGUCGUCGAUGAUAAAGGAGACCAGCGCCAAUGCCAGCAGUGGGACGGCGUUCCUCAACAGUCUGGAGAACUCGCUACCGGCGGCAACAGUGGCCACUGUGGCCACGGCGACGGUGGCGGCCACAACAAUCACGAAGACAAGUAGCUUAGGCAGCGUCAAGUUGAAUGGCGAACACCAUAUACUCGAACACGAUGAUCUCAUCAAGAAGCUCACAGAGAGCAAGCAGCCGGCGGUCAAGACCACUGAGGUGAAGGUGAAGCUAGAGGAGAUGCCACCGCUACUGACCAUCAAGAAGGAUCCAGCGAAUAAGCCAACAGUAACGGCAGUCAAAGUGGAACCCAAAGUGGAGGUAAAGACGGAGCCAAAAGCAGGGGAACUCAAGCAGGAGCAGGAGAAGGUACAGGAGAGGCCGCAGACCAACGAGCCCACUGCCUCCUCUCUGCAACCCAUUUCAAUUGAGAUACCAGCACAAGUGGACGGAGAGACGCCGAGGGUUAGAACCCGAGCCAGUAGUCGUUUGGAGAGUCCUUUGGAUGCACCUAAAGCUAGUCCCGAUCCCACCGCAGCCACUGCUACAGCGGCAGCUACAACAAGCAGCACACCCAGCACAGUCAAGAGCUUAUCCCGCGCAUCCUCCACCGCCAGCCCUCGGGUUUUAACGCCAACACCCAAUCAUAACAACAACAACAACAACAAGAGGCGAAGGCAGGAGUCCGAAUGCGGCAGCAGUAACGAUGCCUCCGACUUGGGCGAUAGCAACAUGAAGCGACCCCGUGUGAGCAGUGGAAGCGGCAUCACCGUGUCUGCCAACAAUGUAGGAGAAGCUGACACCGCUGCUGCAAACGUUUUGCCCAAGAAGAUGGAGAUUGAGUCAUCCGAUUCGGAUGAACCGCUGAUCGAGGUGGCCGGCAAGGUGCGCAACUCCAAGCAGGCCCUGGUGGAGGCAGUCGAUGCGGCAGCAGCAGCAGCGGCCGUGGAGAAGCACGUGACGCGACGCAAUGCCCAGCAGCAGCAACAACAUCAGCAGCAGCACAAAACCUCUAACAACUUGGGUUUGAAUGCCACCGCCCCUCCACCAGGUACACCCAGAACGGGCAAGGCUCAAGCGCCAACCGCCGGAAAUCCCACUGCCGCCAGCAGCAAUCACAACGCCAACAGCAAUCCCAGUGUGCCCAUUUCAGUGGCCCCCACAACAACGGCAGGCGGAGCUGUGGUGGUCACCAGUCAAAACAACAGCAUUGGCGGCGGCAGCACCAGCGUAGUCCAUGCGACCCGAGGUGCCACAGCUGCAGCGGCGAGUAGCACCACCAACCCAGCCACUAACAACAAUGUAAACUCCGCCACUUCGCCGACGGACGAGAAGAUCGGCACUCGGCGAAGCGUGCGUGCCAGUGCUGCCGCCAAUAAAAUCAUUUACAGUCGCAGUAAUGCAGCAGCAGCUGCUGCAGCCGCCGCCGCUGCGGCAGAACCCAAGGGAACACCAGGCAAGGCAGCAGCUGUAGGUGGAGCGAACGCCAAUGCUGGCAGUAUAGAGAGCGUGGCCGAGGCCAGGCGGAAGACGCGCAGUGCAGUCAUUGGCGAGUCCAUGUUGACCGAGGGACGACGGAGAAGAACGUCGCGUGACUACAAGUGACCAGAGUUUUGCGCCUUGGCUAAAGGCUUGAACCAUCCGAGCGAUGCGCACGAAGACGAUCUGCUGGAGCUAUUUGAAGACUUUGAACAGCAACAGCAGCCGCAUCAGCAGCAGCUGCAGCAGCAACAGCUGGAUAUCAACCACAGCAGCAGCAGCAGCAGCUUUCCUUUAGCCCAGGCGCAGGACGAGGACGGUGAAGAGGCGACCGAGUAUGAGAAUCUGGCACGAGCAGCCGGUGGCUACAUGGAGGAAGCCGAUCACUUGCUGUCCUACCAUAGCAGCAGCAGUGCCGCCGACGUGGAUGAGGUACUGAUGCCGGAGUUGGCCAAUGCCACGGCCCUGGACUGUGGCAAUUUUGUCGAUUACGAUGAGUUCAACCUGUGUCUGAACAAUAUACUCAGCGAGGAGGACGACGACAGCGGCGGCGGCAGUGGCGGUGGAUUGGUAAGAAAACCUCAUCUUCAUCAGCAGCAGCAAACUUGGCGCGAUGCCGGCGACAUGCUAAAUAUUGUGCAGCUCAACAACGAUCUGGGCUUGAGCUUUCAGGAGUUUGCCAGCGAAACAACGGCGGAUGAGCAGCGCUCCGCCAAUAGCAGCUCGCCCCAGCUGGCAUAGGAAAAUGACGAUCGGACGAUCGCCGGCUACUUGUAUAUAUAUCACACGCACUGAUACUGAUACUGAUACCGAACGCUUUCGUUUGUAGUUCUUAGCUUCUUAGUUUCCGAUUGAGGAUCUUUUGUAUAGUUAGUGGUAGCCACAAGUUGCAAUAAUGUUGCGUCUCAUAGCGAGCAACAUCACACCCAGACACACACACUCACCCACAGACAGACGGAUGCAAGCGCCGCUUAAACUUCAUUUACACUUUAUUUUUCGAACCUAUUAUAUAUCUCUCAUCUCUGGCACCGCCACUGCUCGCCCAAAUGUAACCAUUGGAAAUGAUCUGCUAGUCAAGUGAAACAGGCAAUUUAAUGUAUAGCUCAGAAAAGAGGAAAAUUGAACAAAUUAGUUGAGUAAACGUUAACGUAUUCGAGAAGCUCCCCUAUACUCUAACAUGUAGAAUAAACUAAAAACUAGGCAAAGUAGUUGGCUGAAACAUACCACACACCCACUCUCUCUCCCUCAACCUGGCAUAAUUUAAUUUCUAAAUCGGAUUUCCACUUGUACAUACUUUUUCUUUCAUUUUUUAUAUAAAUGCAACCCAUGAACACCCCAUUUUUAGUCUUAAUUUGUCCUAGGGAUGGCAGAAAAUAUUUAAAUAUUUUAACGAUAAAUCAAACAAUCGGUAAAAAAGACAACCUAUACACAACUUUUUUCUAUUUUUUCUCAAUAUCGAUUUUUAAAAGUUUAAAAGCAACAUGUUUCGAUAUUUAAAAUUUUCCCUCGAUAUAUAUAUAUUUACAUCCCUAGUUUGUCCUACUUUUAACGCGCUGCGUCAAGUCGAAAGUCUUUAAUUAUAUAGAAAUAAAAGUAAAAGCUGAUCCAUUGGAUCGAGCAGAUCAGAGCAGUUAACGUGCACCCUUAUUUUUUAGGUUUUAUAUAACCUUUUUUGUAAUCUUAUAAAAUAUGAAUAUAAACAGUACAUAUACAGAUAUAUCUAUAGCCUAUAUAUAGUUUCCGUAAGCUUGCGUUGUUUCGAAAAAUUUGUUUUUUAGUUUUAAAUGCUCUAGCCUAAGGACACACAGUAAUCUUAAAGCGAAUUCUUUACCAACAAUAUAUACAUCCAUAUAUAUUAUAUAUAUAUAUGCACAUGGAAACCGAAACCUAUGCAAUAAGUUAGUCAAAAGUGUAAAAAGGCCAAGCACCAACCAGAAAAAAAUGAAAAACACAAGAAAACCUAAAAAAAAAAGAAGAUACAAAGUGAGAUCGAGGAAAGAGUGGAGAAUAUUGAGAAUCAGUCGCCUAGUAUUUGUCGUGAAUGGAAAGGAACAUAUUAUAUAUAUAUAUAUUAUAUAUAUA